GGCUGCAAUGUCCCUUCAGGUGGCCAUCAAGAAAAUGAGUCUCAGAGGGCAGAACAGGGAACGAGCUGUGAAUGAGAUCCUGCUCCUGAAGGACAAGAAGAACCCCAACAUUGUCAACUCUUUGGACAGCUUCCUUGUUGAUGGAGAUCUCUGGCUGGUGAUGGAAUACAUGGAUGGAGGAACUUUGCGGGACGUUGUCAGACAGACACGCAUGGCUGAAGGAGAGAUGGCAGCUGUCAGUCGGGAGUGUCUGCAGGGCCUGGAUUUCCUCCAUUCAGAGCGGGUCAUCCACAGGGAUCUGAAGAGCUCCAACAUCCUCCUGGGCAUGGAUGGCUCUGUCAGGGAAUCAGUAAAAGCCACUGCAUGAAAGCUGAGGGUUUC